AUGCGGGGAUCAACACCAGCGCCGCCAAGGUCGUCCACAUACACCAACAAGCCCGAAAACAACCGUCAUGCAGACGCUUAUAAGACAGAGAAGUCCGACGCACUCUGCGGGUACUACGCUCAGCCUGCCAACGCAUCCAAUACCGACCAAUCCCCACGAGACCUUCAAGCCUUUAUAGAACCCACGGUGGACCCCUCAGACCAAGAACCAGCAUUCACCUGGCAGGACAUUGAGCCCCUGGCGGAUCUCAACCCAUCACCAAUCCCAGAGUCCUUCAACUGCGAAUUACCACCUACUGAAAAGGAGAUCCUGCCCUGCAUGGACACACGACGGCAGACAUCGGCGGUCGGGGACCCGCUACCACCACCCAGCCGCGGGCGAAGCGCAGCCACGAUACCUCACCUCUCUACUUCUCACGGAGAACAAGAUCAACAAUCCGCUUUGGAGCGCGCAGUUCAAGCGAGAAUGCUCGGGAUAUCCAGUACACUACCCUCAUACAACGAAGUGAGUGGUGCCGUGAUCGUCGACCACGAAGGCCUCCCGCACUUCCUGUCGCCGCGGGAGGAGGAGGAAAGACAGGCUUCGUUGAGGCGCGCGGUCGAGGAGAGGAUGCUGGGGCUUCCGCGGCGUACGGACUUUACCUGGGCGCAAUCGCCGCAUGGCCCUUCGUUACCCUCAUAUUCGCCUGGGAGAUACACAUGA